UCCUCACCACCACGUCCGUCACCAGCUCUCUCUCUCUCUCUCUCUCUCUCUCUCUCUCCCCUCCCCCGCAUAAGCUCCUCCCCAAUGGCGUCGACCCAAGUCCUCUUCCUUAUCUUCUUCGUCUCCUUCCUCUCCCCCUCCCCCUCCCUCUCCUCCCACGUCUCCCUCUCGGUCUCCCCCAAAACCCUCACCCGAUCGAACCGCACCGUGCGGAUCCAAUGGUCGGGGGUAGACUCCCCCUCCGAUCUCGAUUGGCUCGGGAUCUACUCACCCCCGAACUCCCCCGACAAGGAGUUCAUUGGCUACGUCUUCCUCAAUUCCUCGCGCGAUUGGCAAUCCGGAUCGGGGUACGUUGAUCUCCCCUUGGUGGAUCUCCGAUCCAACUACGUGUUCCGGGUGUUUCGAUGGACCAGGAACGAGGUGAGCGACCGCCACCACGACCACGACGGGAACCCACUUCCGGGGACGAAGCAUCGUCUCGCGGCGUCGGAGGAGGUGGGGUUCGGGAAGGUUCUAGGGCCCGAUCAGAUCCACCUGUCGAUCACGGAUCGGGAGGAUGAGAUGCGGGUGAUGUUUGUCACCGUGGAUGGGGCGGAGAGCUUCGUGAGCUACGGAUUGGAUAUGGAGAAGCUCGAUCGGAUGGCGAAAACGGACGUGAGGAGGUAUGAGAGGAAGGAUAUGUGUGAUUACCCCGCGAACGCGACCAUCGGGUGGAGGGAUCCAGGGUUUACACACGAUGGGGUGAUGAGUAAUUUGGAGAAGGGAAAGAGGUAUUAUUACACGGUUGGUAGUGAUUCGGGAGGCUGGAGCGCAAUCCGCAGCUUUAUAUCACGUGACAAUAAUUCAAACGAGACCAUCGCCUUUCUAUUUGGGGACAUGGGUACUUAUGUCCCGUACUCAACCUUCUACCGCACCCAAGAUGAGAGCAAGUCAACUGUGAAGUGGAUCCUCCGCGACAUUGAAGCCUUAGGAGAUAAACCUGCCUUCAUUUCCCACAUAGGCGACAUCAGCUAUGCCAGGGGAUAUGCGUGGAUAUGGGACGAGUUCUUUAACCAGAUCGAGCCCAUUGCUUCUGCCGUACCGUACCAUGUCUGCAUCGGAAACCACGAGUAUGACUGGCCGGCACAGCCUUGGAGGCCUUGGUGGUCUUUAUAUGGUGUUUAUGGAAAGGAUGGUGGAGGUGAAUGUGGGGUACCUUAUAGUGUCAGAUUCCAAAUGCCUGGGAACUCUUCUUUCCCCACAGGAACAGGAUCCCCGCACACGCAGAACCUCUAUUAUUCAUUUGAUUUUGGUGUUGUUCAUUUCCUUUACAUAUCGACAGAGACCAAUUUCCUCCAGGGAAGCGAUCAGUAUAACUUCAUCAAAUCUGAUCUCGAGAGUGUAGAUAGAAACAAGACACCUUUUAUUGUCGUUCAAGGCCACCGACCAAUGUACACAACAAGUAAUGAAGUGAGGGAUGCUCCACUGAGAGAGAAAAUGCUUGAGAGUUUGGAACCCUUAUUAGUGGAUAACAAUGUAACCCUGGCUUUGUGGGGCCAUGUCCAUAGGUACGAGAGGUUCUGCCCCGUGAAGAAAUUCACCUGUGUUCACACAAACUCAAGCUUUACAGCUGGGGGUGCGCCAGUCCAUGUGGUGAUCGGAAUGGCCGGUCAGGACUGGCAGCCGAUAUGGGAGCCAAGAUCUGACCACCCAGAUGUGCCAAUUUUCCCCCAGCCGGAGAGGUCAAUGUACCGUGGGGGAGAGUUUGGGUACACGAGGCUUGUUGCCACGAGGGAGAAGCUAACGCUUACAUAUAUUGGGAACCAUGAUGGGCAAAUGCAUGAUAUGGUGGAGAUCUUUUCUGGUCAAGUCUUGAAUAUUAAUAUUACGAGUGGCGGCGGUGGCGACAGUGGUCAGAAGGUGGUCGUUAAGACUAUAUUCCCGUGGUAUGUGAAAGGCGCAAGCCUUAUACUUGGUGCGGUCUUACUGGGUUACGUUCUUGGGUUUGUGACACGUUGGAGGCGGGACUCCAGGCAGAGUGCUUCGUGGAUGCCCGUGAAGAGUGAGGAAUCGUAGAUGGUCUAUUAGUACAGCAGUGUAGGUUCAUUAAAAAACAUGAUUUAAAGAGGAUUUGUCGUCACUAUGAAGUGAAGAUGAGAGCUCGUUCUACACGUGCAAGCUGCUUAUUCAGGUCAAUUAUCCUUCUGAAUCUCCGCUUUGCUAUUGCAGUUUGCUCGAGGCUCUGAGAUGUAUGUAAAUUUUUCCGUGUUAUCAUCUUAUAUUGUACAUUGAGUUAUAUCCAUUGUCUAGUAAUUGUAAUGCUCAUCUAGUGCUUCUGAUUGAGUUCUUAUACAUGCCCUAGAGAUGACGCGCCAGAGAUGAAAUGUACUCAAUUGGAUGUCAAGUCUGUUUCUUUAUCCAUUAUUUGGUUUUAUCGUCCACUGUUAUGGUUUUGAUCUA